AUGGACUUGAUCGAGCUUCCAGUAGAGCUCCUCAGCCGAGUAUGUCGCUUCCUCGGACGAGCGUCGGGUACCAACAACAACAAGUAUUCAUACAAGAACAGAGACUUUGGAUCGCUGCGAUCGACAUGCAAAGCCGUAUACGCCAGGACCGAGUUCGACGCAAGCAUUCGGUACAGCCUCCAGGAAUGCCGCUUUUAUCUCGAGCCGUCGUCGCUUGCUCUCUUCCUACACUUGUCCCGUAUCCCCGCCUUCCGCAAUCGAAUGGUGCGCAUAACUGUAUGUCCGCUCAAGAAACCCAAGACGAUAAGCGACUACGAAUGGUAUCUGCUACACGAGGAUGAGUACAGCUUUGUGAGGUCCGGUGAAGCCGCCCAUAUGCUCGCCCAAUGUUUCCGACAACAUCAAGACGCGGAAUCUUUCAUCGAGCUAGAGCUACCCUUUGGGACUCAUAUUACAACUGUGCUGCGAGCACUGCAGCUGUCGCAGUUUCCAGAGAAGGUCGCCUAUGUCUACAUCUGGCUGGAGAACUCUCAGAAGCCCGAAUGGGCGCUGUUUGCAAACUCAUUGUCGGAAUUUCGACCUUGGAUCAAGAAAGCUGUCUUCUUAACACCAAAUGCAUACGGAAGAGAUGUUGCGAAGAGUCGCGAAGUUGGAGCUCACAUCAAGAAUGUGCGCCCGGUCCAUCCCGAUGUAUUGAAAGUUGUUACUGCCACUACUAGUGUUGAACGCCUACAACUCCUAGGGUGCAACGAAGUUCCUGAGCUUAGGAUAUGCCAUGGCUGCGAAAGUCUAUUCUCUACACACAUAAUGGCCCGCUCGUACGAGCAUUUGCAGUCACUAGAGCUUUCCGAUCUGUACCUAAGUGGUAGCCGACUCCGAGGAUUCCUCAAGCGGGCUGAGAAUUUGGUGUGGUUCGAGGCAACAGAGGCAACGUUAACGGACGGAUCAUGGAAGUCAAUAUACCAGAGAUUGAGGAAGCUACCGCUCUGGCAUGUCUACCUCGGUCGAAAUUACCAGAAACAUGGGCCUCUCACACCAGCCGCACUUCCCUACGCUUGCCGUGACGGCCACGCAAACAAGGGCAGGAAAGGGGCCUACCAUGACAAUAUCAACGUGCUACUCGAUGCUCUGAUAACGCAAUUUCACGUCUGUCGCGUGCACAGAGAACAGGAGUAUCGUGGUCCGAAGUACUUCGAGGUCUGUUUCUUUGAUAUUCCGGGGUUGUUUAGAGAAGUUUACAAGAGCGACAUACAGAGGUAUGCUGUAGAGGUAGAAGGUAACUGA